UAAACACUUGCUUCUGUAAACACGUCGCGCUUCUUACUUGAAGCCCUCAGCUGUGCAUGGCUCACUAUACUGAAAAUGACUCUCGAGAUCAUGUCUCGUACAUACCGAUGGAAGCCAACUUCAGGGAGGGCGGACACAACGAAUUCGACAUUCAUAUUGCGUCGCCUGCAGAAAAACGGCGAAUAUGGUGGAGAACUGCCAUUAUUAAUGGAUGUUUUAUAGCUUCAUGGUAUAUAUUCGCAACCGUACUGUCUCUGUACAACAAGUGGAUGUUUUCACCAGACCUUUUUGGAUUUCCGUAUCCGCUCUUCGUGACUACCUUGCACAUGUUUAUUCAGUUUGUCCUGGCUGCUGCUCUUCGCAUAUGUUUCGCGCAUCAUUUCCGGCCAGAGAGAAGUCCUUCCGCAGAAGAUUACGGCAAGAAGGCAGUUCCUACUGCCAUUGCUACCGGGCUCGAUAUUGGUCUGUCAAACCUAUCACUCAAGACCAUUACUCUAUCAUUUUACACAAUGUGCAAGUCAUCUUCACUCAUCUUCGUCUUGUUCUUUGCAUUUUUGUUCCGUUUGGAAACGUUUUCGCUGCGACUUGUCUCCGUCAUCCUUCUAAUCUUUGGUGGGGUGAUUCUCAUGGUUGCUUCUGAAACGGCCUUCGUUCUUCCCGGAUUUUUGCUUGUAAUGACCGCCAGCGCAUGUGGAGGUCUCCGCUGGAGCCUCACGCAGCUGCUCAUGAAGAACAAGAAUAUGGGUCUAGAUAAUCCAGCGGCCACUAUAUUCUGGUUGGCUCCUGCGAUGGGUAUCACACUUGCCUUGGCUAGCAUUAUUUGGGAGGGGUGGUUUACUAUAUUUGCCUCGCCCUUCUUUCGAGACCCUGCCUCGACCAUUCGAUCGGCCAUGUUCCUUGUGGCGCCCGGUAUAUUGGCGUUCUGUAUGGUGAUGAGUGAAUACUACAUUAUCCAACGUGCGGGGGUGUUGCCAAUGUCGAUAGCAGGCAUAGCCAAGGAAGUCUCGACGAUUACAGUUUCGGCUUGGUUUUUUGGAGAUGAGCUUACGCCACUCAAUAUAACGGGCGUAGGGGUCACUGUUUGUGGCAUUGCUCUUUUUACGUUCCACAAGUAUCGCACCUCCAUCGAUGGCAAAUUGUCAUUGGACUCACAAGGGAACAUGAUAACGAUACAUGAUGAAAAUAUGGGCAACUCGCCAGAUUCUGUGCAUGAUGUCAAUCUCGAGCUCAUUGCUGCUGACAUGCGUCUUGGACGUCAAGACGAUGGUCAUCCUGCGCUCCAGGGGUCUGAUGAUAGCGAUGCACAUGACCGCCUACUUUUUGAUCAUGAUGAUCCUGAAGGCGAAGAAGAUGCCGAACUAGUUCGGAGCAUGCAGUUCUCUAGGUUCAGCUGAAAGAGGUAUAGAUGAGAGCUAGGGCCCCGUGAUGCGCUUCCAAUUUUUAGCAUAUGCAGACUAGUGUGGUCACGAUUUUUUUAAAGAAGUUGCAAACACAAUAACACCCUGAAGCACAAGUAGAUCCUCUGCCCAUUUGUACGCUAGUCAUAGCUCUUCUGGUAUAAGUACGACGUUAUGAACCCAUCGCAUCCUGUAAUUUGUCCUGAGCGCGCAACUUUAACAUUACGUUGACUCACAAUAGUGAACUGUUUGAGUUAUGGUUCAAAAAAUCAUUGAUCCGAGGACAACUGACUUCUGUUCCGCUGAACCCGGAAACCACGCGACCCGCUGGCGCUUAUUCUAACUUUGUUAAACAGUGAUGUGAUUUUU